AUGGGCGGGAAGCGGUCAGCAUCCGAGGUCAGCUCCUCUGUACCAAAGGGGAAGACGAAACGGCUAGCACGCAAGUCUGCCGAGCUGCCCUCCCUGCGGGAGCAGCAGGAGUACGACGGGGGCCAGUGCUGCAUCUGCCGCGCACACGCAGACAGGGGCUUCGUUGUCUUUUCCGACGGCGGCCUGGAGAUACCCAUGUGCUGCGACGAUGCGGGCGCGCACUGCGACUGCUUCAGCUACACCCCAGCGGCGUCACUCCCUGCCGCGCCGAGGAACGACGAAGACGGCAUCCAGGAGAAGUGGAACUUUGCCAAGCGCAAUCGGGCAAAACCCUCCGCUGAGAGGGACCCCAUCACUGUGGCGACCGUGAUCAAGAACGAUACUCAGGACAUCCGCGUCUAUCGGAAGUGGCUCGCAAUGAAUGAAACUGAAUAUUCCAACGUGUUCGGGAAGAGGCCUUUGGUGAAGGAUACUUCGAAGCUGCCCAAGCUCAACGUGCCGUGCGAGGCGGACCCGAGAGUGAAGGAGACGGUGUUCCUCUUCGCCUGGGAGCCGAACGGCCCUCUUCGCACGGUGGAGACAAGCAGCACCGUGGGCCCCGCGAUGGAGACGGUCAUGCUGGACCCUGCAUGCUGCUACUACAAGGGGCAGGGGAAGGACUUCGACAAGUGGUCGGUGGACACAGACAAGAGGCUCGCGGGCGACGAGCUUGGGCACGUGAUGAACUCGAAGUGCCCCACCAUUCUCGAGAUGGGCGCGCAGCUGGGCGCCCCAGAGCUGAGCGAACAGUCUGUGGUCGGAGAUGGCCUGGGGGAGUCCGCGAGCCAGGUUGGCGGCGACGCCGAUCAAGGCGACCAGGCAGACGUGUACAUCAAGAAGCUGAACCUCGAGGUUGCUCUGAGAAAGGGGAAGGAUGGGGUUGCGUUCCAUCACGCAGGCCUUCGCGUCAAGAGUUGGAGCGCCAAGCCCGAUACGAAGGAGAUGGCGGAGAAGCUUCAUACGCAAAUGAAGGACUACGUGCUUGCAGCAUCACUCAAGCCGGAUCCAAUAGAACGCCUUCCACCCGACCAGCUGCAGAAAGCAUGCGACAGGGUGGAAUCACUCAUGACGAUCCCGACCGCCGUCCAACUAGACACCUGGGGUUAUGAUGCGACGUCCAGGCGCACGAAGGUCACAUUCCCAGUGGACGUGCCGAAGUUCUUGGCGCACUGCUGGCCAUGGCCGAUUCGUUGCAAGAUCGACAGCGGCAUGAUCGACCCCAGGACCGGUGAGUUCGACCCGCUCGAGCCACGCCUCAUGCUCGUCGGCGGGGAGUUUCCCGUCAAGCUUGAGAAGUUCAGGGUGCACUUCAUCAGGAGCGUUCUGGGUGAGUUCAUGGGCAAGGGCAGCAACGGCAAGGACUUCGUGCGCGCCACAUGCAAGCACAUGCACGACUGGGCUGAGUCGACAAUGGAGCAAUGCAACGACCUGGGUGACACGUCUGCCUUCCUUUGCGAGAUCACGACGGUUGCCGGCACAAUCGACGCCCUCUUCGACAUGGAGAAGCUCCUCGACGGCGACGCUGGCGAGAAUGCGAUGAACGACCUCAAGGAGAUCAGCGACGCAGAGCACAAGUCCAGCGUGAUCAAAUCGGUGGCCCUCGCGGUCGCAAACGUAGACUUCUACCGUGACCUUCUCGCCACUGCCAUGACCAACGCUGCGAAGAUCAACGAUGCUCGGCCCAAGUACGUGGACAUCAGCACCGACAUUGACGCGAAGAUGCAGCUUGGCCCCAACGAGCUUGCAUCCGGUGUCGAGGAGAUCCUCAAGAUGUUCCCAGCGGUCAUCUUCGCUGUCCCAGGUCAGUGCGUCAAACGGCUGUGCGACAAGACCAUGAGCAUCAUCUGCCAAGUUGUCGGUAUAGCCGAGGCCGAGGGUGAGGGCGAACGCGGGCAGGAACUAGUUCAGGGGGCGCUGUCAGUAUUGAAACUUGGUGUCUCGUGCUUCCCUAUGGAAACAUGCAUCCCGAAGUGGAAGACAGAGCUCGUCGAGCUGAUGGGGUUCGGUGGCAUCGAGAACGGCAGCGGCGCCAUCGUCAAGCUCGAGAAGAUCGAGAUGCUCGUAGGCGUCAUUUCAUUGACUGGGCUGCCUGAUGAGAUGCAGAAUGAGAUACUGAGCUCAUUGAGGUUCAUGUGUGACGGUGCCUUAGCGUCCUACCCAGCUCCAGAGGUCGAUCGCAUCGGGCGCGCGAUCGACGAUGUGGCGCAGAGCCUGGGCAUGGACAACGAAACCGAUGAGCAGAAGAUAGCCCACGCCAUGGUGGUUGGGCGCUCCGCCCAUCAGCUGACGCAGACCAUCAACGCGAUGCUCAACGCUGAAGGGCAAGAGCGGCAAGAGGUCGACACUGCUUCAACGGCCACGCUGCAAUUCCUGACCGAGCAGCUCACGAACCACUCCAAGGAGAUCGAGACCGCGAAGAAUACAGAACCCUUCCUGGCCGCCUUGACGGCGACUCGACACCAGGCCAUCGAGUGCUUGCGAAGCGUGGGUGGCGCCAAGCUGGAGGAGGCGAAGAGUGCUGCCGCGGAGGUCAUCGAGAGUCUUCGCUCCUUGCAGGGCGGCCUCGAAGGUGCUGGGCAUUGGAUGGAAGGCCUGGCGGACAACAAACGCAACAAGUGGGCGGACUUCUACGAGUACGCGCAGAAGACGAUCACGCAGGACAGAGGGACUGCUGGUCUCAAGAAGGGGAUCGGCGGCGCCACCACGGCGCUUGCUCGCAUCGCGGAGACGGAGAAGGCGUUCUGCCUCGACUGCGGGGACGAGUUCAAAGAUGACAUCAAGCAGGUGUCCUAUGAUAAAGUUUCUUUGCGGGCUGCGAUUGCUAAGCACAAGGAUGCUUUCAAACAGAUCGAGGGGGCCUCGCUAGGAAACCUUCCCAAAGUUUUGACUGACAGGUGCGAGCAGGCUCUGAAGUUCCAGAUUUCAGUUUGA